UUGCCACUAAAUAAUAUUUACCAUUUCCUCGAUCAACUUUAUCAAUGUACACAUAAUUACAUAUGUAUGUACAAUUAGUGACACCAAAGUUAGUUGAUCAUAUAGACAAAGCACAACGAACUAACCUUUACUCUAAUGGCGUCGGAGCAACAAAUGCACGGUGCAACCCGGUUUACUGACAAAGAGAUGACAGCAAUCAACGAGGUGGUGAAGGAGGCACAAACCUUGCUGGAGAACAAGAACAAUGGUAAGGUAAGACAGCUCGCUACGGUUGCAGGAACUGUGAUGAAUUUUAAGGGGCAGCAAAUUAUGCUUAACACAACUCAAGAGUGGUUUGGACAUUUCAUAGAGAAACCUCCUAUAACUAUUGGCGGGCAUGGUAGUGGUACGUUUGUACACAGGGCUCCGUCUUUUCCAAAGAUUCCGGGGUAUGGCCCUGGCCCGGCGAUUGCAGGCUGCAAGGCCGCGGUGAUAUAUGGUUACUAUGAUAAGGAUGUUCCUCAACUUGGGUGGCUCUUGGCUUGGUACAAGUCCCAGAACUCAGCUGAACAUAAGGUGUACGUUGAAGCUGGGUUACUUGAAGUCCUCCAAAAGAGGGAGUGGAGUGAAAUAGAAGAAAAACUAGAUGCCUCUGGUAGUGCUUGUCGCUACUACGACAGCGUAACCGGUGCUGCAGCAGCUGCUGAAAUCAAGGACCACGGCUACAAACUAGCUUAUCUUGGUGCCUGCUUUGAUUGUACUAACUCUGCUUUUAAAGAAUGAAAAUCCUCUAGAAAUUAAGUAGGUUACUCAUAUAGUCAUUUGAUUAUAUGAUUAAUCUAUACUUGAUCGAACCAAGGAGCACUGUACUAAUAAAAUAAGACUUCAAUAAGCUGCAUUACAUCAUACAGCUGUUACAAUAAUGUCUAAUAAACUUAUAAUGGGAAAUAAUGGCCCUUGGUUUUGAAA